AGAUGAGAAUUUCCAUUUGUUUUUUCAUCGUGAGCCUGAUUGUAUAUGAUUAAGGUAUACAAACAGAGGAGGAACAGUCAGUCUACACGAACCCGCACCAGUGGAAGAAGGAGCGACAUUCUUUACUAUACAGCUUUUGGAGGAACAUCACGAGAAAAAUACCCACUUCUGCGAGUGCGGAUGUCUUAAACCUACAUCAACAACAGCACCGCUCUUCUUUCUAUCAGAAGCAAAGAUGAAAGGAGCACCGAGACAAAGGCAAAAGGAGAGGACGCUCUCGACGCGCGCGGAGAAGAGCGCCAACCCCAAUCGGCAGAUAAGUUCUCUUAUCCUGUGCAAAAGUAGAAGUUGUUGAGUAUCUUAUGGGCGUAUUGGACGAAUGCAUGCAAUACCUGCUCCAAUGUCUCAUUCAUCAUUCCCUAUGCCCAGGUGAUGUCGAACUUGAUCUUGUACUAGAUUUUGCUUUUGUAUGACAAUGACAAAUUUUUACUUUGCAACCCCACCCCGAAAAUGAAAAUUGUGAUGCGAUUUCUAUGUGCUGGGAUACUUUUUACUUUUGCAAUGCAUACCUCUGCUACAUGUACCCACCGGUCGCCCUGCGAACUUCGUCGACAGUUUGCGAUCACCUUACGAAAAGUUCAUCCGGCAGGCCUUCCAGCAGGCCGAGGUCUUUGCCUCCCACUGGCAGGGCCUCUUCCCGUCCCCCGGCACACUGGACAUUACCCCCGCGAGCGAGAAAGCCCGGGCCUUGGCAAGAAAGAAGAAAAACAAGAAAAAUGAUGACGCGCGAAAGCAGCCCACCGCGCACGUGCAGCGCGAGAAGCAGUUGGCGCUGUGGCUGCAGCAAGUGGUCGUUCAGGCAAAAAAGCCCGGGACGAACGAUCCCGAUGCCUCCCGGGAAGUGGCAGAGGAAGACGAGAAUGUGUCGAAGGACCAAAUCAUCCUCUUGGUGGACCUGUUUCUCUUCCUCUGGCGCAUCUGGCUUCUUGAUCUACGUAUCGGCUUGCAGUGGCUCGAGCUUCAGCUAGGACCGUGCAUCGUGCGGGAGCUCCUCCGCGUGGAGCCACCCGGGCGCGGCUUUGUCUUCUUUCCGGGGGAGCUUUUUCUAUCCGCAACAACGUCGUCCUCCACCUGCCCGAUAGGAGGUCCGGAUGACCACGCCGACGAAGCGCAGACGAGAACAAAUCCCGCGCGGAGGCAUCAAAGAAAGGGCACUAAAACGACCCUUCCUGCACUUUUUCAACAACCGCCAGACGAGGAAGAUACAGGCGCCUGCAGCUCCACUGUCGUCCGCAGCUCCUGUCUUCAGGCUUCUUGUCGUGCCGCUUCUCAACAGCCACUCGCAGACCAAGAGUUCUGUGCACCACCAGCAUCGGUUGUGCUUUCAGCCGGUUGCGCCUCUAGAACCAAGGACACCUCCGACCACAAGAGUGAGGAGGGCCGCGAUUCUGAAGAUGCUGCCGAAGAUGAUGUUGUUCUUGCGGGUAAAAACAAGACGAACAUGUCUAUCUGCGUGGAUCGCGACCUCGUCCUCAACCACAACGACCCACUUGGGAAGUAUGCAGAGCGCACCACCCGCCCGAUGUGUUUUCUCACGCUCGAUGACAUUGCAGUUCCUGUUGCAGCGACGAUCCGGAAGUUCUUUGCCAAGUUGGACGCGCUCGAUGUCGCGGCAAACAGUGCAAUGGUGAUCGAGGACAAAACUGGUGGCGACGCAGCCUCGUCAUCUUCCUGCUCCGCGACCUCUGCUUUCGGCACGAAUUCGACCGACCGGGGAACUACAGAGCCCACGUCUAGUAGUCUGUCUAACGCAAAUAAUCGCGUCAACGCCCGACCUUUUUGUAGUACCGAGCAACUACACCAGCCGACUUUUCUGAAAGAGGUCACCGAGCGAUUCUCCCCUACGUUUAUGGCGUGGCUGCGAGAUGCUGGUUUGAAGCUGGCGUUGUGGUUUGCGAGAGUGGCUGCACCUGCCGGCGCAAAAGACAAUACUACUCAUCUGCAACACCGCGGCAACAUCGCCUCGGACAGCACGAACUUGUUGGCAUCGGGUGCUCACAACUUUGUUGAGCACGCAAACUGCCGGAUGAAAGAGCUUGAUACCCUGGUGGGCGAGAUCGUGGCGCAGGUGUUUAUCGACAAGCACGGCAGAGAGCGGAAAGAAACCUUCGGUCCCUCCAUGGCGUUAUUGACCGCGCGCGAUCUGCGGCUCAUCCACUUGGAGUGUGUGGCGCUGCGGGUUUUGCAACUUGCGCCAAAGUCGAUUUCUCGUUCCUCGGACAGUGCGAUCACAGCAGCCGAAGCUGCAGCGGUGGCAAAGCCUAUCGAUGUCAAUGACGUGACCAGUACCAACGCAGGUUCAAAAAGCUGCUUCAACUUUGCAAGUAACAGUACCUCAGAUGAACUUUUCGCACAGAUGGAAGACCUGAACGAAGAGACCCAUGAAGCUCUUGCCCUGGAUUCCUGUGGUGAAGACGAUGAGCGCGAAGAUGAGGCCCACCUAAUUAUCCCAGGAAAUGAAGUGCCUCACUGUGAUGUAUGAAGGACAAAUAGUCGUGCCGUAGAGUUUCAAAUUGUAUGACUGACAAGCAGAAUGUAGAAUUUCGAUAUCGAUCCUCCUACCUAUACCCACGACAAAAAAAAACCUGCUAUCCCAUACGAGAUGAAAACGACACGGCUGGAAGGAGUGUGCCUCCUUCGUUGUGUGUCUUUGCAGCACCAAUACUUCUGCUGCGUUGAUGCAUCCCUUCCUGGCUGCAAAAAAAUUAAGAAGUACUACUGCAGUCGCGAAGCACAACGAGCAAGCUUUAUUCUGGGAUAAACAUUACGAUUACCGCCGCCGACUCAGUACCUUCAACGCCGAUCCGACCCGCAAAGCGUCAGAAAACGAAGUUAGCAGCUUGCAUCGGCGAUGAAAAUUUCAAUGUAAGAGUUGGUGGUCGCCGCAGUUUGUCUCUCGAGAGAAAACAGCACUCCACUGAAGAAAGAAACCGCGGUGGUAUGCGCAGUGGAAACAAGACCACUGAUCGUGAUCGCCACCUGAAAGUCGCGAGACAAGCGUGUUAUCGCUUGCUGUUCGACUACUUUCUAUGCUUUGUAGAAGUGUCAUCAUCGCGCUCUAAGCAGUUAGUACUUGCCAUCGUCAUGAUGCGUGUGACACAUGUUAUCGCCCGCGCCUGCCUUUGUCACCUCGAAAAAUCCGUCAUCCGCUAUCGUGAUGCAAUCUGUUGAAGUGUACUAAAUGGAUACCAGCUGCAUGCCGAUACUUUUACAACGCAUACCUUGACACAGACACUGACUGUGUGUAUGAGAACUUGACGACCGGUGAGCAAGCGUACCUGGUUGACGGAACAUCAAGCGGAACUGCAUGCAUCAUGGGCGACGAGGACAACACGAGCCGAAAUGGAGACUGCACAGAUGCCUAUACCAGUGCGGAAGGUAUAGGUCAAUCUCAAACAAUGUUUGUCUAGUGAUUACGGUUCACGUACGAGGCUGCAAGUUCAAGAAGUUCUAGUUCAAGAUGUUGCACUACUACUAGUACUAGAUGCUUUAUUCGUGUAGGUUACUGCGUCUCAUCCUCACAUCGAUGGGUGCUGAUAGAAGUAGAACUAAUCCAGAUGAAAAACAAACACUAGAUCUAGAACAAAUCACUCUUCGUUCAUCACCAUCAGGUUCCAGAGGGCAUGUUUGCUCGAGAAUCAGCUGCGAAGAGCUACCGCAUCAGGACCAGGACAAGCACCUGAUAUCGCACAGAAAACUUGUAUCAGUGGUGUAUCACCUCCAGUCUCAACUUGUAUUCAGGUACUUGGAUUAUUUUUCUUUUGUCGCGCUCGACAUAAAAGCAUAAGUUACGCAUAUUCUUGGUAGCUUCUGACGCUGGUCCGUCAUUCCAUGUUGAGGAGUGUUGUGGUGCUGCAUCUGCAACACGUUGAGACUGCUGGCACAGCUAUUUUUUUCCUCGUCGAUAUCUACACACAAGCCUGCAAUGGCUGGCCCGAGACGACUCGAUGAAGAAUAUCGUAAGGAAAAAUCUUCCCGCUACCCCAUACUCAAAAGCAAAACUCAAACUCUCGUGCUGCUGAUUCAUGGCCACAAAAAAUUUUCCUGCCUUUCAGCAAGAUUUUUCUUUAGGCAUACCUACGGACCCAUGAGGAGCGUGGGCGUCGCGUUGAAGCAUUGCAGACAGCACCGAUCAUCUACCCAAAAUCGCGCGAGAAGCGCAGAUAGUUUCGCAUAGCAUGCCUCGCAUAGAUGCCAUUCCCUUGUUCUGUUUAUGCAAGGAAGACGCAACGCAAGCCCAGCACCGCAUGAUGUGGGUGCAAAUGCAAAUGCAAAUCCGGCGACAUCAGCAUCGCGGCAAACCUCGUCCGCACGAGGACACUACCCAGUGCCGCUUUAGCUUUGCUGUAGGGAAAUGCAGACACUCUAAUGUAGUAGCUUGUCGCUGGCAGGAAGCCUGGCGUCGUCUUUGUUGCGAAUUUGCAGCAGGCAGAGAGGAUGGGGGCCUCAAAGCGAGAUUCUCGGGGUAGUAUUCUCUCUCUUGAAAAAACAACUGCGAACGCUGGCCAAUUUUCAAAAAUUGACAAAAAACGUGUCUGUGGUUUCUUCGUGCAGGACACGCGAGCACCUAUACCGUCAAAUCCUGCGGAGUAUUUCCGGGUCUCAGGAUCAGUAAGGUCGCGCUUGCGGGGCUAGCUUCUAAGCCUAAUGUUGUCUAGAAGUAAUUUACGCAAUGUUUCUGCGAGGGAGCCGUCGUGUCACGCGACUCACUGGGGAGAAUCUUCGCCAAACGCGCGACAGUUCUUGCUGGCGCGGUUUUUUAGCAACUGCAUAUGCUUCCCAAAAUUGAAUUUUAGCAGCAGCACACAGAUCAUCCGUCCCUUAUUUGAGUAGGGGGAGCAGGGGGUAGCGGGUAGUUUUCCUGACAAUAGAAAAGUUUGGAUCUUCGGGCGCGUUUCGGAAAGCGCUCGUGCGUGACUUGUUCCUGCGCAUAAAUGGCGUUUACAACAAGACCACUAAUCUCUCUAAAUAUCCUCUGCAAAAGUGUCUACUUUGUAUUCGUAACAAGUCCGAUAUUGGAUAAGGAUAACGCAUGGCUUCUUUGAAUCUGCACCACAUCAAAGUCGCUAUUUUCUACUGACCACGUUGUCAUCGUCAUGAAUGUGAAUUCGCAUUUUUAUCCAUCUACCGCGGAAAAACCUACAUAGACAUUCGGACAAUUCAUGUGGUUGCUUUUGCAAUGCAUAUGUGCGCCGAACGAGCGCCCAGUGCUGUGUCACGACGGCGUGGAGUAAGGAUUGCGAACACGACAAAAGCACCUCUAGUCGCAACGGAUGUUCUUGGAGGACAAGGUACUACAGAUGGCGACGACUGCGAUGCCGAUCCCGAUGUUGCUGCCAGUGUGGUUCUGACUAGCCUACUCUCCGUCUUGCUGCAAAAAUCGACAACUCAAACCGAGGAGGUCGUAUUCACGGGACCAGCAAAAUUCGACGAGGCUUUACGGCAGGAGCAGAAUGAAACAAAAGCGUUGGGCAAAGCAAGCGCAACUUUGAUCACCACACCAGAACGACAACGAUUACGAUGCCACGCCCUGGAAUUAAAGCGAAUACCUAAAGAAAAAAUCACCAUGAUCGCCCUCGCGCUCUCAGUUUGUGUGUUUUCGAUAGAGUUUGUAUAUCCAGAUACGAAUAUUAGUCUACCACUGACACACUGAGCGCCUACUUGAGGAGCGUGGGAUUUUUUAUCCAGGAUAUUGACCACCGACGCCGGUUCAUUCGACUCCGCCAAAGAUGAAGCAGCUGGUCUCUUUGUUUCGGGCGAGCAACUACGGCGGUUCGAAAAAGCGGCCGUCGCCGUUGUCGUGCGAGUCGCGGUCAGGAAUCGACGCGACGGCUGAGACUUCUGUGCCCGAGGACUCGUCAUGCCCUCCCGUCCUGCCAAGCUGGAUGAGCAAUUUGUUCUCUACGCCUGAGAGUGUUCGGAGUGACGCUACUGGUGUCAGCACCCCGCCCCGAUCCCGAAUGAAUGCAGGUACGAAAACUCCUGCUGAGCAGAGGCCACGAAAGAAGGUCACGAGGAAGGAAAUCCGUGUAGAAGACGCACGGGUGUUGCGCAUCGCUGGCACGGUAUGGCGCUUUCUCGAAGGGCUGUUGGUGACGGAAGCCUCUCAGUUCUUCCUUGCGAAGACGAGCAACAAAGCUGCUGCACCCGGACAGUACAAAGCAUCGGCGCCAGCCGCGGGAGCAGCGCCCAUUGGAUACGCGUUCUCCGGAAGUCGAAAGAGAAAAAAGGAACAAUUACUGCAUGGAGGUAAAAAAUCAUCCGCGAAGAACAAAAAACGAGACCAAGAAAAGCUUCUUUGCUCGGAUCUUCAUCUUGAUGCGAGGAACAAAAAGUCCCAGCUCCCUGCAAAGUUUGUCGAGAAUCUGCUGUGGUCGAGGGACGCGGCUUUGCGUCUGCUCGUCUCUGGUCUUUGGAAAAAAAGUGCCGGCGCGUUGCGAAAACAGGCACUGGAGGCCCUGCGGUUGUUUUCUCCUGCACGACACAAGGAGAGCGGUCGUCUUGCGGCGGCGCAGCCGGAGCUGAACCUAAACCGCCGGAAGCCCACGAACCUGCUCAAGUCCAUCGUUCUGUCUGCGAUGGCGGACCGCAAAAGUGCCGGUGUGCGAGGAACCGCGAUCCAGGCAGCCGUGGGACUCGGAAUCGACAGCGAAGCCGUCUUUCAGAAGCAACUGCAUCGAAGCCUGCGGGAUCCGAAUCCAAAAGUGAAGCUUAUCGCCGCACACAUUCUGGCGAAGGUCUAUUUCCCAAUAGUAGCCGAGAGCAGGAGCGCAGGGGGAGCGACGGUGGAUCAACACGAUCUGCGUGGGAGCUCACUGCAUAAGACGACGUCCAAGAACUACGAUUCGUCCACCAAGUCCGCGUGCGCGUCUGCUGGUUUGGGCAAUGCCUUCGCAUUUCUGUGUGAGAUUGCGCGCAACUUUUUGCGCAACGGGGCGACCAGUGAUGCGGCACUGGAAAUCUUGGCGCAGGCAAUCUUUUCCACUAGCUCGUCAGCGUCCAAUGCAGGACCUCCAGCGUCGAACCUGUUAUGUCAAGGACCACGGAAACAAGAGGAGCUGAUGAAGGUUGGCGGAUCCGAACUGUUCGUGUUCUUCGCACUGCUGACCGACAUGGCCUCGCGCAGCCUGGACUACCAGCCGUGGACGGUCGGUCUGUUGAUGCAGCGUCUGUCCGAGAAACUCCGUUCCCCAAACCUCGUGGACGUCUGCGUGCGCCGCUUCCUCCAAUAUCUGGAAUUGCACAACGGUUUUCCGGACUACGCCGUCACAGAUGCGCACGGCUACAGUAUCGUGACGGUGUUCCGUGGCGUCAAUGCUCUGUUAGAACACGGCGGCGCGAGCGUCUGUGCGGGACGUACGCUGCAGUUCUUGCUCCAUGUUUGCAUGCGCCUGCGCUUGCACUUGGUGGACGACCGAGUUAUCGGUCGAUACUUGGCAGUCAAAGUGGUGAAGAACUUAAAAAACCCGCAGCAGGAUCAUGUUGGGCGAGACCAUGGAGGGCAUAUUGUCGUCGCAAAUAGUACAACGAUGGCGACCACUGUGGACAACAAGGAGAGGCGCGAUGUCCUUUCGUGGAACCUGUUCGACCUACUACACCCGUCAGAGGUUUGCAGCUCUCGGGCCGAAAACUUUUACGGUUGCGCGAAAGGAGACCUUGGCCAAGAAGAGCAAGGGGACGAGGAAGGGGCAAAUAGAAAAUCUUCGUGCAGCACGACCGUGGGCGAUGCGCUCACAAAGGCGUUCGGCGAUGCCGAAAGCGCUCUGUUCGCUCUGGAAGACGCUGAGCUCUUGGCACGGCUUGUCUUUUCCAUAUUGUCUUGCUGUGUCGCAGGUAAAAACUUUCCCGCCGCGAAGGAGGAACAGGUAUUGCUAACCGCCGUGGCGCCGCUCUGUCGUUUCUUCGUUGAGAGGGGGCAGAGCAUCGACGUGGUUGCGGGGGCGGGGCAAUUGUUGCACAGCUGUUUGACAAGGGUGAAGCACUUGAAGUCGAACUUCUCGGGAGGUCAGCGUCUCGACCUGUCUGCCAUCACGACAGGCAGCGCGAAUGUUUCGGCUUCUGUACAACCGACCGGAGAACUGAUUCCGACCGGUGGAAAUUGGACGAAGAUGGAAGGCAGUGCAACUUGUGAAGAUCCAGCAUGUGUUGACUCUAACGGUGUGCGCCCGGAGGGGGAAGCGCAAGAACCGCAUCAAGCAGCAAGCGCUCGCCUACUGGUGCCGUGCCCCUAUGUGGCGGCUGAAUCAUCCCUGAUCUUGCGAAGAAUGGUCGUGGAAGAUUCGUGCUUUGCGUGCUUUGGCUUUUCGGGAGUACAGGACAGCAUCGGCGCGGACAACAGCAGCAGGGCCGGACCGGCGAGUGAACAUUUGCACCCAUUCUUGUCGGACCUGAUGUUUCCUGCUGGUUCUCCUGGUAUUGACACAGACACGCAUGAGAAGCAGAGCUCGAGCUCUUCCGGCGGCAGCGGCGAGACGACUGCGCUAUGUGCUGUUGCUGAACCAGGAAGAUUUCGUCCCGAUGAAACUGAGCCGAAAACUCCGGUUGCUGCUACACCCUUCGGGACUAGCACGUCACAGAUGCGUCUAGUGAAGAGUAGUUCUCGCUUCGAGACCGACCUUGUUCUAUUCCCCACGAAAGUCAUCAGCUGCGUGAACAACGACAAACGCGUUCUCCCCGAGGAGCCGAAGUAUGUCCAGUUGACCCCGGAGCAGAAGAUGGUGCAAGACUUUUGCGCGGAUGUCGUGGACCUCUCGGACAUGCCAGAAUGCCAAGAGUUGCUGAAGCAUUUUUUAACUCCGCCCCGACGGAAGCUGCGUUUUAGCUAUUCGGCCGAGGAAGAAGUUGUACAGAAGCAACGCGGUUCAACAUCCAUUGCGAGUGCGGAUCACGGCGAAAGCGUUCUUCAGAGCUCCGCGACCACGCGUCGAAAAGUGAGCUGUGUUGUAGCUACUUCCUCUGACGACCCGGGCUCGUGUAGGCUCUCCUGCGAGGGCAAGGGGAGGCCUCCAGCAGAACAAGACACAAAAUUGCAAGUUUCCAAGUCCAUCUGCACGGAGCAGACACUGACAAUGAUCCGGAAAACUACGACCAGAGAGUUUUUGGAGCAGGAGCAAGAAGGUGGAACGAUCGUUCCAGCUGGGGAGAAGGGGCAGGGCCAAAUACCGGUUGCAGCCGACCCCGCUCGGGCGUUCUGGGACUACGUGGAAUAUGUGUUAUCCCGCGUCGAAAGGGUCGCGAAUCUCGUCUCCGGACAGGGAGUAUGCGAACCCGACGAUGUCUGCUCGGAAGAAGCGCAGCUGGCGACUCGAGCUCUGCAGUAUCUGGCGUCGUCCCUGCAGCCUGAGCAGCUGUAUUGCACCAGUGACCUUCACAACUCCGGAGAAGAAUGUGGUGGCGCGGGCUCCUUCGUCAGCAGAAACCGGGACCUUUCUGUGGUGGUGGAUGAGGAGCCGCUGCCGCCGGACGAAAGUGCCUGCGAGCUGCACGACGAGGACUGGCGAGAGAGCGACCACGAUGCAGAAGAACAAACAAAAGGACUGGCGAUAAAAUCAGAGUUUGUUCACCUCAGACCGAAUAAAGUCCCGAUUGCGACCGAAGUGGUAAACAAGGCGCACAGCAAGUCGCUCGACGCACUUCUGGCGAGCAAGAACUACCAAAUCAUGCGAACGAAUUCCGUGGAGAAAUCGAGCCAAGAUCAGCAGAAAUGCUCAAACGGCUGCUCGAGCAGCAGGUCAUCUUUUGGGAGCGGUGCUCCUCUACUUCCUGUCACCACUGAUACAUCAACGGACUCGAAAACCAGACACUUUGCUGCAACUUUUCUUCGUGCGGUAACAUUUCUUACCACAGUGCUCUCGCAGGAUGAGAAUGAUGCCAGCACAGAACAGGAUCGAUUAGGUGCAGGCCGAGGAGAAGGUGUCGACCGAACGGCAGCUCCUGUUCUUUCAGCAAAUUUUCACACAAAUGGAUUGAUCAAGCGAUACGUCAAAGCGCUCCUGGGCAUCAGAGUCCCUCCAUCUGGAGCAGCAGGUGCUGGUCCCACCACCAGUGAAAAUGUUGUACUGGAUGCAAGCAGCGAGACCAACAACGUCGAUAAGAGCCAGACCAUCCGGUUUUUGGUGCUCCAACAACUUGGGAAGCUUUUGCAGCGCCCGGACGCACUCGCCGCUCUGAAACGAGGACCACCUUCGGAUGGAGCUAUCAAGCCUGUCCGGAAAAUGAAUCAGCAGACUCCGACGGAUUUCGGGCUGAAAAGCGACGUCUUGACAUUCCUGCAAGAAGAAAUUCUGGACCCGCUUCACGUUCACCAGGAGCACCAGACUCGUUCGGACACGCCUCCGCAUGUCGUCCUUCAGGAGUCACUGGUGAACCACUUUUUCCUCUCCAUUACCCAAGCACUCGCAGCCUAUCUGCAGCGUUUCAACAAUAUCGGUCGUGACCUCACGACGGGCCCCGCUCAGCAAACGGGUGUAGGAACAGGAGCAGCUGUUGGGAGCGACGUCGCGACAAGAAUUAUCUCCUCUGCUACUGCAGCUUCGACUAUCUCUACUACGGGUUCUUCCGAAGUCGUGGACGACAUGGCCGCUGCAGCUGCUCCCCCGCCCCCUGCGUUGUCGUCGACCAGCAAGAAGAACCUGCUUAAUUACCACUUUGUGGCGGAACUCUGUGGGCUGUACGUCGAACACAGCGACUCACUAGUCUGUAGCUUCGACAAGUUCCGGAUUUACCAGCUGUUUCAGCAAGUAUUCGGGGUUCUCAAUCCGGCCCAGAUUGCCGACGAGCUGCUUUUUUUCUAUUGCGUCGAGAAAGCGACCCUUGGAGAAGACGGCUUGUUGGAGGAGGUCACCAACACCAGGAUCGAGCAAGAUCAAGACGGCUUGCUGCACAAGCUCAGCAGGGUCGAGCAAAGUGAAGCGGCGACGUCCUCGGCUAACGAUGGUGCUGAGGAUGAUGGCGCCGGAGAAACAUCAGAAAUGGAAAUGAUGCCAGAGGAACACGGUUUUCAACAACAUUCUGAUCUGGGCGAGCAAUGGGAACUACAGGGUGAAAUUAUCGUCACGAGUAUCCACAAGUCGCGACAUCUGAGCGCUUUACGUGAUUACCUUCGCGCAUUCGUUCUCCCGGACAAAAAGAAACUGACGCACCAGAUCCGAUCGCUUUUGCGAGACAUGAGCACCCUGGUAAUCUCCCCCGCACACGUCGCGACCUUGGCCCGAGUGCUGCUACAGCUUUUGCCCGACGGCGAAAACAAGAACGCAGCUUCUGCGGCGCUGCUGAAGGUGUACGCCGAGGAACUUACGGCUGCGCCAGCGCUCGACAGAGGCUACAGCGAGCCCGACGGUGCGGUGGAGCAGGACAGCAUCCGGACCGAACUGAAAUUUCGUGUACGCGAACAGGGGCUGCAACCAGACGAGGAGGAUCAAGAGGACAUCGAGAUUUGCUACUACUGGAACAAUAAAAAAAGGCGACUUCUUGCUUCGAAGCAGCAGCUCGACGAUGCGAGAUUCGACAAGAAAAACAGAAAUCCCUGCACUUCUUGCCUCCCGGGCAGGAUCAAGUUUGAUCCCUUGCGUUACGUCGAGUUUCUGCUGCUGUUAGCGAGGUCAACUAUGAUGAACACGACCGGGGAGCAGGUAUUAACUUCCGUCGUCGAGCCGCACAUCGCGGAGCUGUUGAUUUCCUUUGCCGAUCGGCAUGUGGAGGAUAUCCACGACACAGUGGAAAACUGGUGCUCCUCGUCCCCCGAAAUAAAAUCCUCUCAAUUUUUGCAUUCGCGUGCAGGACCACAGGCGGGCAAGGUUGCAACCAACAAGAACGCGGAGCUGCGCACGCGUUUGCUGUUUGCCCGGUUCAUUGGCGCAGACACCUUGGGUUUUCUUGGACGGGGGUUGACUUCGCAAACGCAGAUGUCUCCACGGGACAUCUGCACGCUAGCAAAAAGUGCGAAGUUCUCACAACUGGCGGAGUUUCUGUCGGACUGGAUCGACCGGCGGGAAUUCGAAUUCAAGCCAAAUUGGGUUCCCCCGUCAUCGAAUGCCGCACCAGCCAAGGGAGGACGACGAGCAACGGGCUCCGGCACGGCUGGGACCUCGGGCAGCCUACCGGGAGGAUUGGUCGUGACCCAGAAGCAGAACAAACGCGGUCGCCCCCCAGGACGAGGUCCCCUCAACUCGAGGACGGUGAGGAAACAGACGAGUUGGAAGAAGGUGGGGACAGCAAGCCGAAAUAUCUUCGACAAAAACAAAACUUUUCCCCACCGUGGUGGUCGAGGGAAGGCGGUGUUGACGGAGGCGUAGUCGCAACACUCUAGAUGACAUGGUAGUGCACUGAAUGUGAGGACUGCUCUUAGACUUAGAAUCUGGAAGAGCAUCAAGACGACGAAAACAAAAACCGGCUGAUGCUUCAGGUGAGCCACAAAUUACAAAAACCGAUGUGGCAACUGUUAUUACUAAUACUAUUAGCUGCAGCUGAUUGAAGAUUCAGACACAGACUUGAACAGCGAAUCUGAAUCAUCGCAACAGGUUGAGGCUCGCACUACGUUUACUUUAUUGAAAAUGAUGAAAUGAAAAUUUAAUUUACGCUAGAUAACAAGCUACAUUACGCCUGAAUCAAGCCAACUUUUCACUUUGAAUUUUGACACACUUGCAGAAAUCAAUCCUAUGGGUAGCUUUUUCCAAGUAUUUUUACGAUAUCCGAAUACCUCUUUAAUUGUAUGAUUUGCACCGAAAAGUCUGUUUGAAUUUUGCGAACUUUUUUUGUUUCCUUUUUCGUUUUCGCCUCUGAUUUUAUACGAUGUUGAAUACACAUUGGCUCCUAUGUAUGAGUUUACGCAAACUCCCGGCCUCAAAUGACAGUAGCUGAAUUUGACCUUGAUCUUCGAUUUUCAGGCUGGCUGAAAAAUCCGAGGUCGUACUCACGAGAAGGUGGGACUGGAGGGACCCGGCAGCUUUACUAUUUGAUUUUUUUCAGUUGUUGUUCGGAAUACGAACGGGAACGAGCUAUAGAUACUACAAAAUUAUGGCACUACACAGGCAAGCGCUGCAGAAGUAGACAGAACGAUGAUUCUGGUAAAUGAGAAGAGAAUGAACAAGUGAUGUGAUACCAAUGGAUGCAUUUGAUUCCUGCAGAUGUUUUCACUUCUAGUCUCUCUCGAAUACAGCUUCAGAGGAGCCAGCAGCUACCGCGGUAGCGGCCGGCUCCUCCUCAACCUGAUCACACACUACCUAGGGAAUCGCACCAAAUUUUUUCGCCUAACAGGCGAGGGUAGAUGGUUCGUUUCUGUUUUCCGAUACCCACGUCCUCGAGGCCACGGGAGCUCCCGACUGCUUUUACGCCUCUUUCCUGGGUUGGCGCGCUCGCGGUGUAGACAUGGUAGACGCAAUAAUUUGUGCAUAGAACGACC